AUGUCUGACGUCCCUACGAAGCAGGAUGUACCCAUCGACCUCAACAUUCCCGACAAUUAUGUUCAGCAUACCUUGACAACGACGAAAUCGCUCCCUCCCAUCACUCUUUCCAAUAUUCUCAAUGAAAUCAACUGGCUUUCUUUCAUCAUCCUUACCUCGACCCCAAUAAUGGGAGUUAUCGGUGCUUGUUAUACCAGGCUUAGAUGGGAGACUGCCGUCUGGGCCGUUGCUUAUUACUUCAUCACCGGUCUUGGUAUCACGGCAGGGUACCAUCGUCUCUGGGCUCACAGGUCGUACAAUGCUUCGGCCCCGCUCCAGUAUAUACUCGCCAUGGCAGGAGCUGGUUCGCUGGAAGGGUCGAUCAAGUGGUGGUCCCGAGGUCAUCGUGCACACCACCGGUACACGGACACCGAUCUCGAUCCAUACAACGCUCACCGGGGAUUUUUCUACUCGCAUAUCGGAUGGAUGCUCGUCAAGCCGAGGCGGAAGCCUGGUGUCGCAGACGUCAGUGAUCUGAGCAAGAAUCGCGUCGUGAGGUGGCAGCACAGGCACUAUUUGACACUCAUCUUGACCAUGGGUUUCCUCUUUCCUUCUUUGAUCGCAUGGUUGGGAUGGGGUGAUGCGAAGGGUGGGUUCGUAUAUGCUGGUGUUUUGCGCCUCGUCUUUGUACAUCACUCGACUUUCUGUGUCAAUUCUCUUGCCCAUUGGCUUGGCGAGACUCCGUUCGACGAUAAGCAUACGCCAAAGGACCAUGUAAUUACAGCGUUUGCUACCAUUGGUGAGGGAUACCACAAUUUCCACCACCAGUUCCCGAUGGACUACCGGAAUGCUAUCAAGUGGUACCAAUAUGACCCGACCAAGUGGUUCAUUUGGUCGAUGCAGAAGAUUGGUCUAGCGAGUCAUCUGAAGGUUUUCCCUGAGAAUGAAGUUCGCAAGGGCCAGUUGACGAUGCAGCUCAAGCGUCUUCGAGAGACUCAGGAAUCACUUACCUGGCCUUCAAAUAGCGAUGACCUACCUGUUGUUUCAUUCGAGAGUUUCCAAACCCAGUCGCAAAAGCGUCCACUGAUUCUUAUUUCGGGCUUCAUCCACGAUGUUUCGACGUUUAUGGAUGAGCACCCAGGUGGUGCCCAUCUCCUUGUAAAGUUUAUCGGCAAAGACGCGACUACGGCCUUCUUUGGUGGUGUGUACGACCACUCGAAUGCGGCUCAUAAUCUUCUUGCUAUGAAACGCGUGGGUGUACUCCACGGCGGCCAUCCUCACAUUCUGGACAUCGCGAAGCGAAUUCCACCUAGCCAACGGUUGAAGAUUGCGCGGUACAAUGAAUUGAGUUCAAACUAUGCUAGCAGCACAGCGUGGAGUGAUGGUGAUGAGGAGGAACAGGAGGGUAUGGUGAAGAAGCUCCGAAAGUGA